AUGGGGACGGGGUUUGCGAUAGAACUAAUGAAGUUCAUAUAUCUGGGUUGUUUGGUGGGGGUGAUUGUGGGUUGCUUUGCUAAUGAGUGUGAAAGAAUGGCUUGUAUACGCUAUGGUAACUCUUAUGGAUUGCAUAGUAGUGCUUGUGGUGAUCCAGUCGUAAAUCCGGUUCUUAGAACUGAACGGAUGUUUCAAGGUAGUCCUUCUCCUAUCUACUGCCCGGCUAGGGUUUAUGAUGCGAAAACAAUCUAUUGCUUGCGCAAUUCGCAUUUGGAAGUGUUUUAUGAUGGGGGCUGCUCUAAAUUUGUGGAUAAUGCUGUCUUCUGUACACAAGAUUGUCGUGUCGUUAGAGGAAUGGUUAAGAUGAAGCGUGGUGGGUUUGAAGGUAAAUCGACUUUUUUGAUAGUUUGGGUGUGGAUUGGGCGUAUGAUGGUUUCUGAACUUUGGAGUCUUGGCCGUAUUAAUCGAUUGUUGUCAACUUUGUUGCAAGAUGAUGGGCAGUUGCUUAUAGUAAAAUGGAGUGACUCAGUUGAUGAUACUGCUCUGUUUGAUUAUACUGAGGCUUACAAUCGAAUAGUUAAACAAGCUGAGAUUAAGUGCGGUUGGUCAACUCUUGUGCUUCUUGACCCGCCGCUUUAUUGUCCAUCCAAUUCGCAAUUAACUACGCAGGCACAAGUAGCACCCGCAUAUCUGCUAGCUUUCUAUCGAGAUCUGUUUGUUGGUAUAAAGGAAAGAUUCAAUGCUAUCUACUUCGUAAUAGAAGAUUGUGAUAUAUCUCCUGAAGAACAAACACCGGACUUAGGAAUAUUCUUGGAAUUGCUUCAUAAUCCAUUGGCUAUCCUAUCCAUUACUAUACUUGACAAUAGGAUUAAGAAGGCCACUAUGACAAUGAGAUACCUAGGUGGAGUUUACUAUUCUGCAAUUCAAGAUGUCUAUACUAUAAACAAAAUGCGAUUGCACAUGCCGCUCGUUGAUUUAUACCAAAUUGAACUAUACGACCAAAUCUUUCCGGCUAGUCUGAGGAUUCAAACUAAGUCUUGGCAGAGGACAUUACAGCCAAUAUUGGUAAAUCCGAAGCUAUUGCCUAUGGGACUUGGUCAUAUUCAAGUCGACUUGGAGUUGUCUGACCAGCAGAGGCCCCACAAUAGUCUUUUUGUCAAUGUAGUGUUUAGCUUCUCUUCAUUGUAUGUAGAGUGGAUUGUGGUGCGUAUAAAUGCGAAGGUCAUGUUAUUAGACAAUAUUACGAGCAAGAACCAAAUCUUCAUUUGUUCAAUGAUAGCCGAGAUAGUUAUGUUGCUCGGAUUGCAUAAGACUAAAGAUAUGAUUAAAGUAGAGUCGGGCAGAGCUAAUUACAAUAAAGCACCACCGGCAUUGCUCGAUGAAAUGCUAUGGUCAAAGCUUGAAUCAAGAUAUGAUGCCCAUUGUAAAAACCAGGUUACAAUUCUGCUGCGGAUGUUUGUCUACUAUGCACUAAGCUGGAAAGAGUACUGGAGAUGCCAAGAAAAGAAGUUGGCAAGUGAGUUGUAUUUUGACUUUCUGGAUCAGAUUAAAGACUAUGACGAUAGAAUUACCACCCUUAAUAACUACAUUGAAAUACUUCGGCUCUGCCAACACCAGACGGACGGAUUGUUGAGUUUAUUAAAGAAGUGGACAACUACCCCGCCAGACGACACAACCACUGCCGUGCUGGCACUAAUACACAUUCUGUUGCUGGGCACUAUAGCCCGCCGGCUAAUAAUCCAACUAGCAUUCGACAGUUGCCCAGUUGAUAAUAUAGUAGCGCCUUGGCUAGAAAUCAAUCUACUAACUUGGCAACUAAUAUGUAGCUGGCCAGUAACUAGCACUGGCUUGAGUAUACAAGCUAUAAUUAUGUGA